GAAACCGGAAGUGGCGACACAGAGAGUUGUUGACAAACCCAGCUAGCCUCUGCUAGGUGGCAUGCCAUUUCAUUGACAUUUCUCCCCCUAAAUCUUCCUUCAUAAUGAGUUACUCAGAGGAUAGGCAUGGGACAAAGCGACCAGCGUCUCCAGAUGACGAUGGGUCUACCCAGUGGGCAGCAGCGGAUCUGGGAAGCAAUGAAAGGAAGCAGAAGUUUUUACGUUUGAUGGGCGCUGGAAAGAAAGAACACACAGGACGCCUCGUCAUUGGCGACCACAAGUCGACAUCCCACGUCCGCAGUGGGCACGAGGAUAAGAGGAUGAACGAGCAGCUAGAGAUGCAGUACCAGCAGAGCAUGGACGGGAAGCUGUCGGGCCGGAACCGGAGACACUGUGGCCUGGGUUUCAGUGAGCCUUCCCCAGAGCGAGAGUCGUUGCCUUCCCCACCGGUGGACGGUCAGCUAAAGGAAACAGAGCCAGUAAAGUCCACCUGUGAAGAGAAACCCACAGAUGCCAAGGACAAAGUCAGCGACCCCGACCCAAAGAAACAGACCUCAGACCAGGCCAAGUCCAGCUCAGACAGUAAGGAGGAAGAACGGAAACACGCCGACAAGAUGGGCUUUGUGAAGUCGGCGUAGGGUCGAGGGGUCGGGCCCGGAGGAACUAGUUUUUGUAAUCUCCAAUUUGUACAUUUUGACGUUAUUUGUUUUACUGUAGGCGAUCACCCGUCAUCCACAAGCACUCGUCACUGGGCGACAUCCUGGAGUGCAUGUGGUCAGAGAAUUAAGCCUACAGGCUAAAAAAGGUCAGCUGUGGGUUGAGUGGUGGUCUAUCAAAUUAAGAUGGCAAACAGUCCCGUUUGUGUUUUGUUUGAACAUUUUAACAGUCACUGCAUUCGCCAAGAAUUAUGUUGGAUUAAACGGGAUUGAUUGCCAUUCAGCAUGAUUGGUAUACACAUUGUACAUUUUGUGAAUUCUUGUUUGACAACCAAUAAAAGGAAG